ACAACAGACUUUGACAACCAAUGCCGUCACCCCCCUUUUUGCUUCUGUCAAUCGUAAAUGUCAACAUGGUUUGUUGUCGCGAUCUGAAUUGGGAAUUUACACGAGACUCGAUGGUAACUGUCACCGCUGCUAUGCGAAGGCACCCAGUUCUUUGUUGAUAUAUGGGGGUGACCGCUUUCGUUUUUUUUAUGUGUGGUUGCCGGGUAGUACCUUGCCGUGGACUAAAGUGAUACGCAACCCAUCAUGGCCCAACAACUCCAUUUUCACAAGGUACCCACCAUGCCUCAUUACCAUGCCGCAGUCCCGCCAUUUUUACGGUCUAUACGCUCUGUUUAUAGUUCUUGUAUUAUGCUGGUGGCUAGUUCCUUGGCAUUUUACCAGAUUCAAGGUGACAGCCGAAAAGUCUGUGAUGGACUGGCCUUUCGCUGAAGAUGGUACUCGAAACACGAUGACAGCUCCACAUUUCACCCACUUAGCUUCGUACUCUGAUGCAGUAGACGUUUUCCAAGAAACAGCGUUGCUCCACGACAGCGAGCUCUCUCAGCAUGCACCACGAUUCGAGGAGAAAACUUUGCCGAAUGAUACCUCACGAUAUACCGCUAUGUUUCAAAAGAUUGCAGAUGCAACAUCUCCACCAUCAGGAGUGGAUUUUUGGGAGGCAACAGAGACGGCUGCCACCAUGAACUCGGCCCGCUACGAGGAGCUCAAAGAUUAUAAGAGAAGAAGAGAUGAUUGGUUUAUUUCCAAAGCAGCUUCAGGGCUCAAACGCAAGGAGAAGCCAAGCAGAGAGGAAAUCGAAUUUCGAGAGAAACAAAGUCGGUACAAAAAGAAUAAUAUUGUGCAGUUCAUGGCCGACCACGACACAGAUCAACUACAGCAAGCAUCGAUCACAUAUCAAAGCAUAAACCCUCCUAUAGAACAGUAUAUGCAAAUGAUCAAUAGCGCACGGAGGGACAGAGUCAACAUACACGUGACGCCGGCUCCAGCGACGCUUCCUGAUCCAAGCGUUGCAUAUACUCCGUUUCACAAGGAGAUUGCCAAGCAGAAGAACCUCGAGAAGAAAUUUCGCGUUCACUAUAUGACAGGUGGGGGGCGGAAGUCAAACUUCUUUUACAACCUCGAAGACGACUGCUACUGGAAAGUUCAAGCGGACGGUACGACCGAUUGCGUCAUGGCCAAAGAGCUUACUGACAAACCUCAUCACGAUCCGGCAAUCUCAGUUGCCAUCGAUCAGACGGGCAUGUUCGAUACUCUGGAAGAGGCUACAGCUGCAAUAAGCUUGCAGUGUACUGAUUUCUACCUGGAGAAGACUACCUGGACCUACUAUUGUCUUCCAGCUUUUUCAGAUUUGCGCCCUGAUGAUUUCAAAAGAAUGAAGAGGUACAAAAACAGGACCAAUGAGUACUGGUACCAUCGGUGGGCUGUCGAGAAGGCGCAAGAGUUACAUAUUCCUGAGCUGCACAGACCUCCACGUCCUACAGCAGGCGUUCCACCGCCUCAUCGAGACGCAAACUACAAUCCCGUUGUUGCUAAACUCCUACACAGAGAGGAGGCUAAGCAAGCGAAGAAACAGUUCGUCCUGCAAACCGCGGCGUUCUUGAAGGAAAACCACCCAGAGCCAGAUGCAGUCAUCAGCGCUGCGAACGCGCAGUACCCGCUUCAAGAAGGCCCAAUCAUUGUCAAAUCUUCGGGCUACACUGUUGAGCAGGCUCCAGCAUUAGACGUCGAGCCUAUGGCCAUGCUGGCGGCAGUUAACAAGAAGUUCGCAGAGUUUGUAGCCACCACUGUCUUGUCCGAGAGCGUUGACUCCAGCCAAAGUUCUUGA